CAUUCCUCGGGCCCCACCGGAGUCCCGGUUCUGAAAAAUAUCUUGGCCAUUUUCUUUAACUUCAGGAAACCAACUUUUCCUUCUCUUCUUCUUUCUUCUUCCCCUCUCCACUCUCAAGUUGGACAAACCUUCACGCACAGAAGCUCAUCCCAAAAUUUCCCUUCAUUCACGCCACCAGCUCUCCGAUUCACAUCCCCUUUCUCAGACUCCAUUUUCACGUAAUUAACACAAUUCACUGACGGACUCCAGUUUCAAAUCAGCUCCUCCAAUGGAUUCCCUCUCAUCCGUCUCACCUUCCCUCGUUCUCCCUUCCAGAAACCCUCUCUGCUCUCGCCGCCACCGAAUCGCCGUCUCUUUUGGGGACCUCCGGUACCCUCUCCCUCGUGUUCGCGUCUUGUUCGGUCCUCGAUCGACGAAAUUGCGGGAAAUUUCCUGUGGAGUGGGCGGUGCCGGCGCUAACCAAGGCGACAGCGACGCUGAAGAUGAUAUGGAGCGGGCACUUAGCUUAGAUGGAAAUAUUCCUGGUACUUCGAAUGAGUUUGUGAAGCGUGUUUCUUCUCGUGCUUAUGAUAUGAGAAGGCAUCUUCAUCAGACGUUUGAUAGCAGCAGUUAUGACGUGUUGGAAGCCAAUCCGUGGAGAGAAAGUUCGAAACCUGUAUACGUACUAACACACAACGAGAACCAAAUAUGCACAAUGAAAACUCGGAGAAAUAGGAGUGAGGUAGAAAGGGAACUUGGAUUGUUGUUCUCUAAAGGUGGGAAAUGGAGGCCUGAAAAUCAGAAAAAACAGUCCAAAACAGGAAUCAAAUUUCAGAUGCUUGUGGAAGAUAUUAGGGACGGAGUACUUGUGUUUGAAGAUGAAAAUGAAGCUGCAAGAUAUUGUGACCUGUUGCAAGGUGGAGGCAAAGGUUGUGAAGGUGUAUUUGAGAUUGAAGCCUCCUCGGUGUUUGAUCUCUGCAAGAAGAUGAGGGCUCUUGCUGUCCUAUUCCGAAGAGGGAGGACACCUCCUUUGCCUCAAAGCCUCGAGCUUAACCUCAAAGCUCGUAAACGAUCACUUGAAGACCAGGACGAGUUGAUAUGAACAUCGUAUUUGCACAGGAAACAUGGAAUAAUUGUGACAUGAAAUGCUAAUGGCAAUCAUACAGAAAAAUGCAAUGGUAUACAUACAUAUUCUCUUGGUGUAAUAUAAAUUGAUUCUCUAAUGAUAUUGUUCCAAACAGUGUCUACAAGAUAAAGUAGAAAGAUUUAGAGCGCGGAAGGCUAUUUUCUUCCUUGAUAAAUCUGCUGUCUAUGAUGAAGUUUUCUAAUAAUAUCAAAUUACACACGUUGUCCA